AAAAAAAAAAAAAAAAAAAAAAAAAAAAAAGACUCUGUCUCGCUCUUUGCUAAUUCUUCCUCCUUAUCUAAAAACCUCUACGAUCUUUAUCCUCCACUCUUCAUCAUACGAGUAUGGAUUCUUAUUUUUCCCUUACCAAUGUUGCUGUUGCUGCAAUAAGCUUCUACGCCUUUUUGGGUACAAUGUUUUUCAACAGAAAAUCCAGAUCCAAUCAAGUAAACAAAAAAAUGGAUUCUUCUUCUUCUUUAACUCUUUUGUCUUCUUUGCCUCACAAUUGGAUACAUCACGUCUUCCCAAGCUUCCACGGGGAAGAUGUCCGCACAAACUUUCUCAGCCACAUUGUCAAGGAGUUAAAAAACAAAGGAAUCGACCUAUUCAUUGACAAUGAUAUAGAGAGAAGUAGGUCAAUCGGUCCCGAGCUCAUAGAAGCUAUUAGAGGAUCUAGGGUUGCAAUUGUCUUGCUCUCUAAGAACUACGCUUCGUCAACAUGGUGCUUGGACGAGCUGGUGGAGAUCAUCAAGUGCAGAGAAGAGUUGGGGCAAACAGUGAUGCCCCUUUUCUAUCAAGUGGAUCCAACUGAUGUAAAGAAGCAGACUGGUGAUUUUGGGAAAUUCUUCAGAAAAACUUGUAAAGGAAAAAAAAAGGAGGAGAUCGAAAGAUGGAAACGUGCUUUGACGGAAGUGGCUCAAAUCGCAGGUUUUCAUUCAUCAAACUGGGAGAAUGAAGCAGACAUGAUUGAAGAUAUUGCCACUGACGUUUCGAACAAGUUGAACCUUUCCGCACCAUCCAAUGAUUUUGACGGCUUAGUUGGGAUGGAAUCCCAUAUGGAAAAUAUGGGAGCACUGUUACAGCUAGAUUCAAACGAGGUGAGGAAAAUAGGGAUAUUGGGUCAGCCUGGAAUUGGUAAGACUACCAUUGCUAGAUAUAUAUUCAACCAAUACUCCCAAGAUUUCCAGCUGAGUGUCUUUAUGGAUAAUAUCAAAAGAAAGUAUGCAACAACGGCUUGUUCUGACGACUACAGUGUGAAAUUGGAUUUACAAAGACAUUUUAUGUCUCAACUAACCAAUGUUACAGAUAUCAAGAAUUUUUCACAUUUGGGAAUUGCCAAAGACAGGUUGAAAGACAAGAAAGUUCUUGUCAUCCUUGAUGAUGUGGAUCGGUCAGUACAAGUGGAAGCAGUGGCGGAAGAAAAUAGUUGGUUUGGUCCUGGGAGUAGGAUUAUCGUCACUACACAAGAUGAAAAGGUUUUAAACGCAAGUGGGAUCAACCACAUCCACAGGGUGAAUUUACCAUCAUUUUAUAAAGCUCUACAAAUGUUUUGUAUGUACGCUUUUGGUCAGAAAGACCCCAAGGAUGGUUUCAAGGAGCUUGCUUGGGAAGUUAUUAGGCUUGUAGAUAGUCUUCCCUUGGGGUUAAGGGUUAUGGGAUCAUAUUUUCGGGGAAUGUCCGAGCAAGAUUGGAGGGAGGCACUACCAAACUUAAGGGCUCACCUUGACCGAGAUGGAGAAAUUGCAAGCAUUUUAACGUUUUGUUAUGAUGCCUUAUGUGAUGAAGAUAAACGUUUAUUUCUUCAUAUUGCCUGCUUUUUCAGUGGUGAAAAAGUUUAUAUAGUGGAAGGCUGUCUAGCAAAAUGUUUUUCGGAUGUGAGACAUGGGCUUCGCGUCUUAUCUGAAAAAUCUCUCAUAUCUACAGAUAUGGAUUGGGGAACAAUAAAGAUGGCUGAGUUGCUAGUCCAACUGGGAAGAAAAGUUGUGCGAGAACAAUCGGUUAAUGAGCCUAGAAAACGCCAAUUUUUGACUGAUGUAAUUGAUAUUUGUGAAGUGUUGAGUGAUGAUAAAGCCGACAGUAGCAGCGUCAUAGGACUUAAUGAUGAGACUUACGAGGAUAUAAAAUGUACAAGUGAAAGAGCCUUUGAAAGAUUGUAUAAUCUUCAAUUCUUAAGAAUCGACAGCCUUGGCGUUAAUCCGCGAAAGUUCCUAAUCAAGCUAGAGAUGAAGAAUAGCAAGCUUAAGAAAUUAUGGGAAGAAAUGAAACCGCUCAGCAAUCUCAAGUGGAUGGAUUUGAGUUAUUCAAAAAAAUUGAAAGAGCUUCCUGAUCUCUCAACUGCCACUAAUCUAUAUCACUUGGAUCUCAGAUACUGUUCAAGUUUGGUGAAACUUCCUUUCUCUAUUGGGAAUGCAAUUAAUCUCAAAAUAGUGAAUCUCUAUGAUUGCUCGAGUCUUGUGGAGAUUCCUUCAUCUAUUACAACAAUCACUACUCUCACAUCGCUUACUCUCCAUGGAUGCUCAAGUCUGGUGGAGCUUCUCUUAAACUUUGAAACUGCAGUCACUGAUCUCAAAGACAUUGAUCUCAGUCAUUGCUCAAGCCUGGUAAAACUCUCUUUCUCUACUAGGAAUUUUAUUAAUCUUCGUAAAUUGAAUCUCAAUUAUUGCUCAAGCUUGAUGGAGCUCCCUUAUUCUAUUGGGAAUGCAACUAGUCUUGAAGAACUGAAUCUCAGUAAAUGCUCAAAUCUGGUGAAGCUCCCUUCUUCUAUCGGAAAUGCAGUUAGUCUCAAGAAUUUGAAUCUCCAUCACUGCUCAAGUUUGGUGGAACUACCUUCCUCUAUUGGGAAUGCAACUAAUCUCCAAAAAUUGGAUCUCAGUCGUUGUUCAAAUCUGGUGAAACUGCCUUCCACUAUUGGGAAUGCAACUAGUCUUGAAAAACUGAAUCUCAGUCAUUGUUCAAGCUUGGUGAAGCUCCCUUCUUCUAUUGGGAAUGCAGUUAAUCUCAGGAUUUUGAAUCUCAGUCAUUGCUCAAGCCUGGUAAAACUCCCUUUCUCUAUUGGGAAUGCAACUAAUCUAUAUGAAUUGGAUCUCAGUUAUUGCUCAAGUAUGGUGGAGCUACCUUCCUCUAUUGGAAAACUGGUCAACAUCGACUUGGAAUGUAUCGGAGAACUCGAUCUCUCAGAUUGCUCUUGGUGGGAAAUUUAUCGUGAGAGUUCCACAGACAUUCAAGAAUUUGAUCCAUGGAUCGAGAGCAUAUCUGGUUUAGGUCAACUUGUACUAAACGGAAUGAAGAAGCUUGUAUCACUCCCGCCACUUCCCGAUUCGCUAUGGCUACUAGAUGCAAAAAAUUGUGAGUCACUGGAGAGACUAGAUUGCUCCUUUCGAAAUCAACGUUUCCGUAAUCUGCACUUCACUAACUGCUUCAAACUAAAUCAAGAAGCGAGAGAUCUCAUCAGCCUGACACGGACGAAUGAUUAUGCAGUCUUUCCCGCUGAAGAAGUGCCUCAGUGCUUCACUUACCGAUCAUCUGGGAGUUCCGUAACUGUGAAGUUGUUGAAUCAAAAGCCUCUUGGCAAAUCAACUAAAUUUAAGGCUUGCAUCAUAUGUGGUGAUGUGGAAAAAAAUGACACUGUAGAUUGGGGAUCUGUCUGUUGUAGCAUCACGUCCGGAGGGAAUGCUCUCACUGCUGGUUAUAAAAGAUUACAAGGAGUUUAUCCGGGGCAUCUGUAUACAUUUGAGGUUGAGGUUGAAACAGAGGAGGUCACUUCCGCCGAGCUUGUUUUUGAUUUCGAGCUCCAGUACAAUAUACUUUCAGAAAGGUCAGAAGCAUGGGAGAUAAAAGAAUGCGGGAUGGUUCAACUCUUGGAGGUCUUCAUGCUGAUGAACAUUAUUGACAGCUUCAAAGAUGGCCUUAAAAGUUAAAACCUAAGAGGAGAGGAGCUGCUGUUGGUGAAACAAACGGUCGUGACAGCUUAGCCUCUAUCGCAAGCGUUUUUCUGUAGAAGUUCUCUCCUUAACUUCGAACUCAACCUUUGGAAUACGCCCUACUCUCCCAAAGUCAGUGAAGUCAGCAUCGAUCACAUAUUCACAUUAUCACCACCUUUGCUUGACGAUGAAUCUGCUGAUGAAUCACCUUCACCACCAGGUGGAGAACCUGGACCUGCAGCUCCAGGCUGGUUGUACAUAGACUGACCCAUCUGCAUCGCUUCUUGGUUAAGAGUAGCUAUGGCGUCCUUAAUUUCUUGUGUUGAUCCACCUUCGGCCAAUCUUGUCUUGUAGCUUGGCCUCCACCUUGUCUUUCACUUCACCAGGAAUCACCACAGAGUCCGCCUGGUUCUUUGUGUCAAUUGCAUCUCUCUUCUCUUUGUCAUCUUUCCCAAACCUUUCUGCUUCUUGCACCAUUUGCUCUACCUGUAACGUUCACUACAUUUGUUAGCACAAAUAUCAAUAUUAGCCAGAAGCAAAGCUUUUUUUUU